CAGAUGACGGCCAAUAUAGUUGCAAUUCGAGGACAAUGCUGACCGCAGAGAGGCGUGUUUCGCAGCAGCAGCAACAGCAGAGUGUUCAAUGGAACCUUCCGUUCUUCCGCUCCACUCAACUUACCUAUUCUGAUUUUGCCGACAGAAGGGCCAGAGACAAUGAACUUCUUUAUUGGAGGUGUCAGGCUGAUGAAGAUGAUAUAUCGUUCAAUACUACCUAGGCGCUAAGUUAGGCGCCAUAGAGUUUGAUCUGGACAGACUGCACCAGAUGCUUGCAUACGGAACUUUCCUGCCCCGGGCAGUUGCCGGCUUUUCUGUAUCAAACAAUCGAGAAUGGCUAUAUUAAAUGCAUCCUGAGCCUCUGCUUAUUUCUUGUUUUCUCUCCGUACUCAAGCAGAUAGGUUGAUUUACUGCAGCAACUGCCUAUUUGACUUCAAAUACCAGCAAGGCAGACGUCUGGCGUUUACCGGUCAAGAUGUCCACUGUUGGGCACCCCCUACGUCACGAGAACUUCCAGAAGGCCGUGGGAGACUUGUUCUGGAGCGGAAAAGACUCAGACCUGACUAUAACCUGCGGUCCUUACAUCUACAAAGUGCAUCGUUUCAUCAUCUGCCUCCAGUGGCAUCACCUUGGAGUGGCCAUAAGUGCUUGUUUCAACAAACCGGGUCAAUGGGUUCUUGACUUACCUAAUGAUCACCCUCCAACAAUUCAUCGCGUUCUUCAAUAUCUCUAUACCCAAGACUACGACGACGAUGGGUUCGAGGCGGAGUGGGUUAAUCCCAAAGAAGGGAUGGUUUACGGACCUGACCGGGCUUCAGAGCGCUUUCAGAGGUGUCCGAUCGCUAUCCAGGUUCCUCAGAAUAAUAUCCAGGUCUAUCUAACCGCCGAAAAAUAUGGCAUCCCCUCGUUGAUGUCCUUAGCCGCAGAGAAACUCGGUCAUUGGGCACGGGUCUAUAGGAGAAGUGUUGCGUUUAUCGAUAUACUGGAAGAUGUACUGACCCUAGAACUUGGCGCUAAAUCGGAGCUGCGCGGUGUCUUGGUGGAUACCUCAAUCGACUGUAUUGUUGAGCUUAUAGAGCGGAAGAAAUUUCUUGAGCUCACAACUCAAUUUCCGGACUUUGGAUCUGAGGUACUCGCUACCUUGGUGAAAACUAAGCUACGCGAACAGGAAAACAAGAUACGCGAGCAGGGGAUCAAGUUGCGCGAGCAGGAGAACAGAUUACGCAAGGAGAGAAGGGGACGACGUGGGCAGAAGAACAAGCUGCACGAGCAGGGGAACAAGCUACGUGAGCAGGGACUCAAGCCACACGAGCAAAGGAGCAGUCGACGCGAGCAGAUGAAGGGAAGACGUGGGCGUAAUUAAAGGCCGAAAGCCACAGUUGAUGUUGUGAGAGCCCUAAACAUAAGGAUGACAGGAAGUCCUUUAUCUGG